AUGUUCCAAUUUGGCGAAGAAACCCUACGACCAGCCUUCGAGGGCGACGGCGCCCCCAAGAUUUCAUACGGCCUCCGUUUCCCGGAAAGCUGCCAGCGCCACUGUCGCGAUACGUUUAACAGCUCGAAAGCUUUUGUUCUCUGUUCCAAGACGCUUUCCGAGAAGACCGACGCCCUUGAUCGUCUGCUUUCUGCCCUAGAAGGCCGCCUUGCAGGCGUCAGAAUUGGCAUCGACCCUCAUACCCCAAUAUCUCAGGUUUUGGAGGUCGUUCGGGACAUUCGUAGUCUUGACGUCGACUGUAUCAUUACUCUGGGCGCUGGCAGCCUUACUGAUGCCGCGAAGCUUGUCCGUCUGGCCCUAGCUAACGAUGCUGCUACCGAGGACGAUAUGGAUGCCCUUUGGGGGUCGGAGGAGAGCAACCCGUCCAGACGGAAAGUCAUACACCGGCCUACGAUCCCUCUGAUUCACAUCCCGACUUCAUUGUCCGGCGGGGAGUACCAGGCCAUUGCUGGCGGAACGGAAUCGAAAGCCCGUGGCCAGGCCAAGAGGACGUUCAACUGCGAAAAGGUCAAUCCCGAAUUGGUCAUUCAGGAUCCAGAGCUAUGUCUGACCACGCCUUCUUGGGUCUGGCUUAGCACUGGAAUCCGAUCUGUAGACCAUUGUGUCGAGACGCUCUGUUCGCUGCUUUCCAACGAUCGUGGCGACGCAGCCGCAGCCGCCGGCCUACCGAAGCUUGUCGCUGGCCUCCUGGAGAGCAAGGCAGAUCCGCAAUCGUUGUCUGCACGCCACCUCUGCCAGGAGGGUGUGGUCUCGGCUAUGUUUGCAGUUUCGACGGGGGUUCCCCUUGGCGCGAGUCAUGCCAUCGGACAUCAGCUGGGCCCAUUUGGGGUUGGUCAUGGACAGACGAGCUGCAUUCUGUUGCCAGCCGUGUGCAAGUAUAACUACAAGUACAAGGCCAACGUGGAAAAGCAGAACGCGACUCGGCACAUUCUCCUAGCUCAGAAAGAGGUCCAGCAAAUGAUCAAAUCAGGGGGUCGGGACCCGGGGAAGGAAGACCUCGGGGACAUCCUUGAUUUGAUCAUUUCCACCUUGGGGAUGCCCCGAACCCUCAACGAUGUUGGUGUUGGCGCAGAAAGCUUACCCCAUUUAGCACAGAAGAGUUUGGAGGAUAUCUGGAUCCGCACCAACGCAAUCCCGAUCACAGAGGAGGCUCAAGUCAUGGAAAUCCUUCAUCAGUGUAUGGUCUGA